AUGAAACCAAAUUUAUAAAUAGAAUACUAAUCUCAAACUGCCUCAUCUAUCAUCCAAGCUUUUUCACGAAUAUUAGGAGAAGAAAGAGAAAAUGAAUAUAAAUAUGAUCAUGAUGAUCAUGAAGAUAAAGACGAAGAUUCUCCUACUCAUAAAGCAAUAAUUAUAAUUAUAGCUUUGUGUAUUGGAAUAUUAAUAAUUGGAAUACUUGUAUAUAUAAUUAGAUGUAUCUAUUUGAGAGAGAAAUAAAAAAGAAUAUCAAAAGUAAGAUAAUAGUCUGAAGCUGCUUAUUAAUAAUAAGUUGUUUAGAUAGAAUCUCUUUGUGUUUAAACAUAGGAACUAGCUUAAUGUCCUAUUUGUUUAAUGCCGAUUCCAAGUUGUUUAUUGAUUGUUACUCCUUGUCAUCACUCUUUCCAUAAAGCUUGUCUCAAUCUAUGGCUUCAGGUUGAAAAAAUUUGUCCUUCCUGUAGAGCUUCUCUUAAUUAAUGA